UUUUUCCGCAGUGAAAACCUCGAAGUGAAAAUCGCGUUCAUCAGACGAGUGACGAUCGGAGCCCUGUGAAAAAAAAAAAUAUAUCGGAAAAAUCCUCAAGAGCUUUGAUUGCUAUUUGAUAAAAUGAAAAGCCACGAGAAAUGCUUCGCAGCGAGAUGUUGACACGUGAUCAAAGUGGAAUGCUUCAGCCGGGGGAAAUCGAGCUGCGGGGAGAAUAGAGGAAAGAAAAAGCUGUCAAUUUUCGGCACGGUAUUCCGCGCAAAUAAAACCUAAAUAAAUAAACAAAUCCGGCCCAAAAAAGAUUGCUGUCACGACAGAAGACGAAAAACAAAAUUGUCAACCAAAAGAGGAAGAAGAAUGUCACCGACAGCAGCAGUAGCGGGUCGUCGUCGACGAAGAAAGGAACAGUCGACAGCAGAGAAGAAGGAUGAGACGAAAUCACCAUUAUCCUCAGCUCUGAUCUUCCGUCUUCCUGACUGCGAUUUCUCGCUCCUCAGUCCCCAUCCAAUGCCGAUCCUUUCACGACACGAUCAUAUUAUGAGCAUCUCUCGGAUCCGAGUCCAUGAAGCGAAGCGUGGCAUGAAAGCAGCAGAUCCGAGUCCAAGAAGAAAAAGAGUUGAAACAAGACGCAAGAUAUUCGUGUUUGUCCUGCUGGCGACUUCCUUCAGAACAUCAUCCGCGGCUCGACCACAAGGAAAAUGGAAUGGAGGAACGACGAAUAAGGAUCACCAGGAUAUGGCCAUAGAGGGGAUUAUGGGUCCACGCUCAGGGGCCUUUCCUGGGUUUUUGUUCCUUUUUUCGGGGUGCCACCAGCAGCAUUUGGCACGCUGCUCAUGUUUUCGCAAUUUCUCUACCCCAGGGGCUGGGAUUGCCUUGCGAGGCACAGGGGUGAAAUUUGUGGUUGAUGGAAUUGAAUUGAGUGGAAGGACCCUGACGGAUAUGGCAGGCAAGGGUGGCGAUCACCAGCAACACACCGGGUUCGGGCGCACGGGUGCGGGUCGGGGAGGAGCAAGUGCCAGCGCGAUUGGGACGGGCGGCGGCCUGGACUCGUGGAGACCACCACGGUUACCAUGGCACGAGGUUCAGGGGCGCAUGGUGAAGAGGCUCAGCGACAUAGCCCUGCACCUUCUUCAGGCCAAGCACAGCAUAGUGGGCAAGCUGGCUGACGAUGUGCCUGGGCGCGAUGACCAGCUCAAGGUGUGCAAAAUCCGCUGCGAACAAGGACGAUGGCUGGGACCCAUCUGUGCUGCCCUGGCGGGAUACACAAGCACUUUUCCAUUGAGAACCCACCUGUUGUGA